AUGCUGACAAAACAAACCCAACGGGAAGGCAUUCAUGAGGAAAUGCUUAAAGACGAGGUUCGGACGAGAUCAUACAGAGAUGCCAUCUACCAAAACCGACAUCUUUUCAAAGAUAAGAUAGUACUUGAUGUGGGAUGUGGAACUGGGAUUCUCAGCAUGUUUGCGGUUCGCGCUGGAGCCAAACACGUUAUUGGCGUGGAUAUGUCUUCCAUCAUCGAAAAGGCCCGUGAAAUCGUGGCAGUAAACGGGAUGGCGGACCACAUCACCCUUCUGCAGGGUAAGAUGGAAGAAGUGCAACUCCCCUAUCCAAAAGUCGAUAUCAUUAUAUCCGAAUGGAUGGGAUAUUUCCUUCUCUACGAAUCUAUGCUUGACACUGUUCUGUAUGCUCGUGACAAUUAUCUUGUUGCCGACGGCAAGAUCUUCCCAGACAAAGCCACCGUCUACCUCGCCGGUAUUGAAGAUGGUGAAUACAAGGACGAUAAGAUCGGAUUUUGGGAUAAUGUCUGGGGAUUCAAUUACUCCCCUAUGAAAAACGUGGCUCUGACAGAACCCCUCGUUGACACUGUCGAGCUUAAAGCCCUAGUCACCGACCCUUGUCCCGUCCUCACUCUCGAUUUAUAUACAGUCACCACUGCUGAUCUCGUAUUCACCGUCCCCUUCAGGCUCACCGCGAAACGCAACGAUUUCAUCCACGCGAUCAUCGCGUGGUUUGAUAUCGAUUUCACAGCCUGCCACAAAAAGAUUCGAUUUUCCACUGGGCCCCACGCCAAGUACACCCACUGGAAGCAAACUGUGUUCUAUAUUCGGGAAGUCCUUACAAUUGAGGAAAAUGAAUGUGUCACUGGGUUCCUGGACAAUAAGCCUAAUGAGAAAAACAAGCGGGAUCUGGACAUUAAGAUCUCGUACACCUUUGAGACAGAAGAUGAAACACGUGCUGCCCAGGGCAGCUCCCUGAAUGCGGAGAUGGCGUUACUUCAAAAACAAGCAGCAUUGCGUCGCCUGCAUGCGCCUAUCUAUGGCCAGGGAAAAGGAAGUGACAAUGAUGACGAACUUUUAUAG